ACACAGCCGGAGGUGAGCACAGACCUGCUUCUGCACCCCGCGCUCCUAACCACAAGGCUCCAUCCCUCCAGGAAGGCCUUUGUCAUCCCUGGGACGACCUGCCAGCUCUGAGGCAUGACAGUACCGGCGCCUAGUAGGGUGACCAGGAGGCCCUCCUAGUCCCAGCUGCUGGCGUCGCCGCCCACGGCAGGGCCGGAGCUGUGACUCGUGGGGACGGUUCCCAGCGCCCCGGCCGGGGAGGCGGGCGGGGAGGGGCGGCGGGGCGCCGGGGCGGGGCUGGAGACUGCAGGGCUUGGGGCUGGAGCCCGCAGCGGGAAGCGGCCGCUGCCCGGGCCGCGCUGGGAGAGGCGAGGCGGGGCGGGGCCGGGCGCUACGGGAAGGGGAGGCCGCGCGGACCCGGAGCCGCACCGCGCCAGCCGGGCUGCAGCGGCUGCGCACCAAGGCCGCUAUGGGACUGGAGACGGAGAAGGCAGACGUGCAGCUCUUCAUGGACGACGACUCCUACAGCCACCACAGCGGCCUCGAGUACGCCGACCCCGAGAAGUUCGCGGACUCGGGCCAGGACCGGGAUCCCCACCGGCUCAACUCGCAUCUCAAGCUGGGCUUCGAGGAUGUGAUCGCAGAGCCGGUGACUACGCACUCCUUUGACAAAGUGUGGAUCUGCAGCCAUGCCCUCUUUGAAAUCAGCAAAUACGUAAUGUACAAGUUCCUGACGGUGUUCCUGGCCAUUCCCCUGGCCUUCAUUGCGGGAAUUCUCUUUGCCACCCUCAGCUGUCUGCACAUCUGGAUUUUAAUGCCUUUUGUAAAGACCUGCCUAAUGAUUCUGCCUUCAGUGCAGACAAUAUGGAAGAGUGUGACAGAUGUUUUCAUUGCUCCAUUGUGUACAAGCGUAGGACGAAGCUUCUCUUCUGUCAGCCUGCAACUGAGCCAGGACUGAAUACUUGGACCCCAGGUCUGGAGAUUCGGAUACUGUAAUACUUCUUUGUUGUUAUAACAUAAAAGCACCACUGUUCUGUUCAUUUCCUAGGUGUUCUAAUUAAGAAAACUAUUAAGAUGAGCAACCACAUUUAGAAAUGUUUAUUGACAGAUCUUUUCAAAUAAUGCUUUUCUGAUUAAUAGCCAAAGAUUUUGUAUCUAACUUUGUAACCAGAAUUAUACGAUAAGUUGACACCACUUAGAUUUAAAGGCAGGCAGUUUUGUUUUAGUACAAUAGUACAAAUUUUAUAAUGAUGAAUUUAUAAUGAUUAAGGGACAUUUCUAUCAAAAUACUACAAUAGUUUUAUGCACAACUUCCCAUUAAAAAUAAGAUUUCUUAUUUGUUUGUUUGUUUGUUUUUACUCUGGGAGUAAUACUUUUUAAAUUACCUUUACAUAUAUAGUCACUGGUAUACUUAGAAUAUACAAUGAUCCUGGAAACUGCAGUAACAAAAGCACACAAUGAUUAUAGUAACUAUCAGAUACAAUAAAACAAAUAAAUGUGAAAAUAGAUUCAUGAAAAUGUAUUCCUUUAAAGUAUUGUUUUCCUACAGGCCUAUUUAACAAGAUGUUUCAUUUUACUGUAUAUUUUGUACUUAAUAUAAAUGUUGCUCUAAUCAGAUUGCUUAAAAGCAUUUAUAUUAUAUUUAUGUUGUUGAACUAAUAUAUGAAAUAAGUAAAUGUAGCUCCCACAAGGUAAACUUCAUUGGUAAGAUUGCACUGUUUUGAUUAUGUAAACAUUUAUACAUCUUCUUUGGAAAUAAAAUAUAAAAGAGCUAUAUACAAAGCUUUCUUUUCUAACUUUUCCAAGCAAAAUCUGAAAUGUUUUAUGACUGACAUUUAUCUGGCUGUGAUCUUAAAAUAAUUCACAUCUAAAUAGUAUUUUGUCUAGAAGAUGCUUUCUCUCUAGUAGUUAGAAAUUAAACCUGUGUCAGCAUUCCUAUUAAUGCUUCACUUUACUUUCAGGUAAUAUUGGUGCUAUUUAACAUUUUACAGUAAAGGUUACUUCUGAUACUUUAGUACCAUUUCAACUACAGUGAUUCAUGUAGAGAGACAGGAGAGUUGUCAACACUUGUUGGGCUACUGAACUACAGGCAUAAACUAAAAACUAACAGCUGCAAACUUUUAAGAUGUUCUCUAAUAUGGGUAUGUAACACAGGAUAAAGUUAUUCUUGUCAUUUUGAACUGUGGAGUCCUAUUUCACUGUGAUGAAUCAUGUUGCUUUGAAAAAUCUCCUUAUUUCUGGGCCGGGCAAGGUGGCUCACACCUGUAAUCCCAGCAUUUUGGGAGGCCAAGGUGGGCAGAUCAUGAGGUCAGGAGAUCAAGACCAUCCUGGCCAACAUGGUGAUACCUCGUCUCUACUAAAAAUACAAAAAAAAUUAGUUGGCAUGGUGGCGUGCACCUGUAGUCACAGCUACUUGGGAGGCUGAGGCAGCAGAAUUGCUUGAACCCAGGAGGCAGAGGUUGCAGUGUGCCACUGCACUCCAGUCUGGCAACAGAGCAAGAGUCUGUCUCAAAAAAAAAAAAAGAAAGAAAGAAAGAAAGAAAAGAAAAGAAAAAAGAAAAAUUUCAUUAUUUCAAAAUGAUAGACAUAUACCAAAAAAAACUUUAUAAUGUGAAUAAUUACUAAAAUUUACACAUCUUAAAAGUGUGUAAAUGCUUGAAUUACCAUCAGAACCUGAACUGACAUUCCUUUGAGUACCCUUGUAAGUGACAAAUAAGAUUAAUAAGAUUUUUCAAAAUCGCCAGGACUGGUGAAUAUAAAUGAUGAUUGAACUGGAAUACUAUUGGGGACCAAAUCAAAUGAAUGAUUAAAUUAUGAAGCUCAUACCCUUUUGAAGGUAGUUGCAAAGAGACAUUUCAAAACUGCCCUAGGCCAUUGUAGCAUCCUUAGAUGUGACACAUAAUCAUUACCUUAAAGCACCACCACUCAUUUUGACCAUAUAGAUUUUAUUAUGUUAGUUUAAAAGGUCAAUCAGUCUCAUGACUUUAUAGUUAUGUUUUGUACUGAAAAACAUUUUUUAAACAUUUGGAUAUGUUGAUAAACCAAAAACCUUUGAUUAAUAAAAUAUCUAUUUUAAUAAAUUGGGAACUUCUUUCAAAUAGCUAUUGGCAAGUUUUAAACCCAAAAUAUAUACACAUAAUUCUGUAAUAAAACUGUGUGACUUCUAACAAGUAAUGUGACUUCCUUAUUUCUGAACAGUACUGGUUACUUUCAAAAUGAAUUUUUAUUGAGAUUUUCCAUUAAGUAUUUUUUUCAAAGACUCAAAUUUUGUACCAGGUAAAUCCAGCUUUUAUGUACAAACAUGUUGUUUGUUUUAUUUGGGGCUGGGGGAGGUAUAUGAUGAGCAGACUUCCUCAGAAUUCAUAAUAAAUUUUCUAAAAGCCUA